CCUGAUUAGCAUCAGGUUUAUUACUUUCUUAGUACAUAUCAUACUUAAAACAAAACAAAACACACAUAUACACACACACACACUUAUUCACAUUAAAGAUGCAAGAUGAAGAAAGAUAUAUGACAUUGAAUGUGCAGUUGAAAAAAAGGCGUCCUAGCCAAACAUCCCAACUUAAAUUUAAAGAUUUUUCUGUGAUGUUACACUGGUACAAAAUCUUAUUGGGAAUAUCUGGAACAGUAAAUGGUCUUCUGAUUUUGACUUUUAUCUCCCUGAUUCUUUUGGUUUCUCAAGGAGUGUUGCUCAAAUGCCCAAAAGGAACUAAUUCAAGUAUCACCCAGCAUGAUGAUAUUGGAAACCUGAAUAUGAAGAGUGACACAAGAGGGAAUAUAAGUACUAAAGAUGCGGACCACUGUGCUUCAAGUGCUACAGACCGUGGAGGAUUGUGCCCAUCAGAAUGGCUCAAAUAUCAAGAAAAGUGUUAUUGGUUCUCUAAUGCAUUAAAAAGUUGGAGUGACAGUUAUGGGUAUUGUUUGGGGAGAAACUCUCAUCUAGUAAUAAUUCAGGACCAAUUUGAAAUGGCUUUUAUACAGAAAAACCUAAAACAAUCAAAUUAUGUGUGGAUUGGGCUUAACUUUACCUCCCAGAAGAGGACAUGGAACUGGGUAGAUGGUUCUCCAUUAGCUUCAAAAAUAUUCUUCAUAAAAGGACCAGCUACUGAAAACAGCUGUGCUGCCAUCAAGGGAAACAAAAUUUACUCUGAAACCUGCAGCAGUGUUUUCAAGUGGAUUUGUCAAUGUUAAUAUUUUAAACAAUAAAUUAUAGUGGAAUAAUCAGUUAUCAAAGAUUUUUGCCUAUUAGGUUCUAAUAUUAAUCUUCAAGAGUAAGAAUUUAAAACUGAAAUUAAACACCAAAACCUUUGCUCCAUUUUCCCUUCAUCACCCAUAUUGAUGCUAGUCUCAAAAUAACUCCUGCUUAUAAUCUACAAUAUAACCUUUCUAGUUUUUAAUGUGAUAAUAUAAUCUAGUGUAAACCCAUGCAUUUAUAUUCAGGAUUUUUAUUCAUUUUUCAUUUACACCAAAUGUUAUUAUGUCUGCUUUCCUGUAUUUUGCCUUUUUAUUAUUAACAAUAUUCUAUGCAAAUUUCAUGUAGUCCUGAGUUGCAUUAUGGUGUGGAUUUAUAGAUUCUAUACUCCUUUAUUGAUGAACAUUAAAUUUGU